AUGAAGGUACCACGAUACGACCACUUGAUGGAGUUGUUCGACGACGAUAAGGAGCGCCAACCCGAAACAGUAGCUGUCGGCCGAUGGAGUCUAUCGCUGCCAUUUGUUCUGUCCGCGAAUCUUCACGAAGGCGAUCUGGUCGCUAAUUAUCCAUUCGAUGCCACCAUCAAGAACGGUGUCAGCGAAUACUCAGCAUCUCCAGA